CCCCUCGUUGUUUCUGAAUGGGCAGCAUUUGAGAAUCAUUGGUUUAUUGGGACUUCAUGGCGCUUGCACUUCUGACGGCUUUGCUUUUGGCGCCUGUCAGCGCUUGGCCAAGUGGGCAAAUACGGGUGCUGGGCCUUGCUUCAAGAGGAAACACCAUCAAGGGAGCUUCAGCGCUAGACAAAGAAACCAAUGUAACAAUGCCCCCGGGUGUUUUCCUAGUUAAGCUCCGAUAUUCAUUUUGUGAACCGACUGGCCUUCUUUGACGAUGCUGGAUUUGAACGACCAGGGGACUGCAAGUACUUGACAAGAAGGGGUAGUAACACAGGCUACAGGUUGUCAGGUCAUCCUAAGAGUACUGUUCAAAAAAUGCUCUGUAAAGGUCCCUAAAGGUUCAGGAACCGCCUGCGCUUGCGCCCACUUCGAGAAGAUUUGUCACCACUCGACCUGCCACAGCAGCUCCAACUCUGAAGGUCAUUGCUGCCGGUGUCUCUCGCACGUCCACGCAGUCACUCUCGUUGGCGCUGACAAGGUUAGGCUACAAGACUCUCCAUGCUGAAGGAUUUCAUCCGAAGAUCCCGCUCUACAAGGAGGCGCCCGAAUUGGUGGACAUGGUGACAAAGGCAGCGUUGAAGUCCUUGCAAGCCGAGGACUUCAAUGUGCUGCUGCCUGUUUUAGCCCACAUCGAGCGACUGAACGUCACAGCUCUCGUGGAUAUCCCUUGGUCUGCUUAUGGUGUGGAGCUUCACGAGAAGUAUCCCAAUGCCAAGAUCAUUCUCACAGUCAGAGACAAGCAUUCUUGGUUCCAGAGUUACUGGGAACACUUUCGAUGGGGUGCGAUCUUGCCACCGCCACCAUUCCCAUCUUUUCCCAUCACGCAGCCAUUUCCACUGACUGUGCUUUACCAGCCCUUUGUGCAAUACUGGCGGCUGGUCUCCCAGAGGCUUCAGUGCACAGCAAUCACCAGUUUUCCGCCGCGGAUGCUUUCCAGGAAGGACAAGCAAGACUGCCUGGAUGGCUUUGAGAUGCAUAUUGAAAGGUUGAAAAACGCGGUGCCGCUGGAAUCCUUGUUGAUUUACAACAUUCGGGAAGGUUGGGAUCCACUUUGUCGUUUCCUUGGAGUACCUGUGCCAGAUUUUCCCUUUCCCCGGGAAGAUUCCUACAGCAUGAUCCACUGGAAAGUUGGUCCAGUGAUUUUUCUCGUAGUCGUCUACCUAUUCUAUGGCCUGGUGCUAUUGCUGCUCCACUUCAUUUUGACAUUCCAACUACGGAAGCUCUGGCGACAGAAAAGGGACUGAGGUGCCAGUGAACGCAAGAUGUCUGAUCUCUCUUAAUUCAAGGCCUUUGGGUACAUUUGUGGUAUGUACAGUGUGCACUUCCGACUCGCAUCCAUUUGUGUGCUUCCGAAUCUGCAAACUGGAAGGAGCGAGGUCGGGUGCGUGCCAUGGCGCGAAUUUGGAAGCUAGAGGCCUACUUUGGAGCUCGAAGACUCCAGUUAGUGCUCGGCUUUGCUGGACCAAUUAAAUACUGGACAGCGCAACCGACACCGGAAAGCUUGAAGGUUGUUGAAAGGCUUUGUAAACAAGCUGCUUGACACCAGGCAACUGAAAAACUAAUUCGAUGAACAUGCUGCCUCACAGGCAGAAUCGGAUGUCCUUCUGGUGAGCUGAAAGCAAGGUGAAGCAUCGAGCGGCACAAGUUACAAA